AUGAUUCGCAAACAAGCAAGACAGAGGCGCGACUACCUCUAUAGACGAGCCCUCACCCUACGAGACGCUGAGAUCAGCGAGAAGAGGUCGAAGCUGCGAGCCUCGCUCGCCUCCGGAAAGCCAUUGGACGCCAGCAUUGCGAACGACAAGACCCUGCGGAAGGACUAUGCCUACGACGAGUCGCGCGAGGAUAGGACUGUCACAGAAUCCCUGGACUUGGAUGACGAGUACUCCAAUCUCUCUGGAAUCCAAGAUCCCCGCAUCCUCGUUACAACGAGUAGAGAUCCAUCAGCCAGGCUCGGUGCUUUCGCCAAGGAGAUCCGGCUCUUGCUUCCAACUGCGGUCCGCUUAAACCGAGGCAACCUGAUCCUGCCCGAUCUUGUGAGAUCCGUUCAGGCUGCUGGACUGACAGAUACGAUUCUGCUUCACGAACACAGAGGUGUCCCUACCGCCCUUACCCUCAGUCACAUGCCUCAUGGACCGACCAUCAGUUUUUCUCUUCAUAAUGUAGUCUUGAGACAUGAUAUUCCCAAUUCAAUCCGAGGCACCGUCUCUGAGGCAUACCCGCACUUGAUCUUUGAAGGGUUCAAGUCGAAUCUUGGGCAGAGAGUUGUCAAGAUUUUGAAGCAUGUGUUCCCCCCUCGGGAUCCUCUCACAAGCAAGAACAAGAUCGGCUCAAGAAUUGUGACCUUCGUCAACAACGAUGAUACGAUAGAGGUCCGGCACCACGUUUUUGUUCGGACAGGGCAUGACAGCGUUGAGUUGUCUGAGGUCGGACCACGAAUGUCAAUGAGGGUAUUCGAGAUCAGAAGCGGAACUCUCGAAAACAAGGACGGCGACGUUGAAUGGCACUUGACUCAGUACACCAGGACUGGCCGUAAGAAGGAGUAUCUUUGA